AAGACUGUGGGAUGUAUUUCCCAGAAGUGAAAAGUCAUCCAGACAAAUAUUUACAAAGAUGUCCCGAGUCUGUAAAAAAGUGGCUGAAACAACUGAAGAGUGCUGGGAAGAUUCUGCUAUUAAUUACUAGUUCUCACAGUGACUAUUGCAGGCUCGUGUGUGAAUAUAUUAUUGGGAAUGAUUUUGAAGAGUAUUUUGACAUUGUCAUCACAAAUGCUUUGAAACCUGGUUUCUUCUCCCACACCCCAAACCAAAGACCUUUCCGAACUCUUGAGAAUGACGAGGAGCAGGAGGCUCUGCUGUCACUGGACAAGCCCGGCUGGUAUUCCCAAGGUAAUGCUAUCCAGCUUUAUGAACUACUGAAGAAGAUGACUGGCAAGUUGGAUCCCAAGGUUGUUUAUUUUGGUGACAGCAUGCACUCAGAUAUUUUUCCAGCUCAUCACUAUAGCAACUGGGAAACUGUCUUCAUCUUAGAGGAGCUUCUAGGGGACAAAGUUAUGGUGCCUGCAGAGACUGAAUCUGAGCCCUUGGAGAAGAAAGGAAAAUAUGAGGAAGAUCAGCCUGAAGCUCCUUACUUUGUAUCUAAACAGUGGGGCUCUUUCUUUGUGGACAAAUUGCCUGGCCUGGAAAAUGCAGAGGAAACUUUAGUUCACACGUGGUCCUGUAAAUGUACUAGCACUUACAGCACUAUUGCAAUCCCUAGUCUUGAAGCAAUAGCAGCAAAGGCUUUAGACCACAAACAUUACACCAAGUUUCCAGCUACAGAUGAAGGGAGAGAGGUAUUGCUUGUUUGUGUGGAAGAGCAGAUGUUCGUUAUUAUGGAUGUUGAGGAAUUCCCGACUCCUCUCGAAUACCUUGUCAGACUCCUGUCGCAGCAAGCUGUGAGAGCCCCUGCUUUGCCAAGCCCUGAAGUCUUUGGCUGCAGUU